AUAACUACAUUGCCCACAAUGCAACGUGGGAAGACAGCUGAGUGUUUUUGCCGUGCGGCGCAGGACGGUGAAAGUGCUAGGGGAGGGGGAAGAAAGAAAGUUGCUCAACUUGAGCAAUAAGGAGGAGAGUUGUGUUGUCCGGCAGCAUGUCUGACCGCCCACCGUUCCAGCCCGGGAAGUCUCGUUUCAACCAGGAGACGUUUCGUGGGAGAUUCCGUCACUUCCUGGAUGUGAUCGACCCCAGGACGCUCUUCGUGUCAGAGAAACGGCUGCAGGAGUGCAUCAAGCUGCUCGAUAGCUUCAAACAAGGAACUCUGCCUCCAGGAGUCACAGACGCCGAGCUAUGGGAAGCCCAGAAAAUAAAGCAGGCCAUCAUCCACCCCGACACGGGGGAGAAGAUCCCCAUGCCCUUUCGGAUGUCAGGUUUUAUCCCAUUUGGCACUCCAGUGGUUGUUGGCCUCCUUCUCCCUAAUCAAACAAUGGCGUCAACCAUCUUCUGGCAGUGGUUAAAUCAGAGUCAUAAUGCCUGUGUGAACUACAGCAACCGUAACGCAACAAAGCCCGCUCCAUUUUCCAAAUUCUUCCAGGGUUAUGUGGCGGCGGUGACCAGCGCCGUCUCCAUUGCUGUCGGCCUGAAUGUGUUAAUCCAGAAAGCCGACCGAUUAAGCCCAACCACCAAGCUCUUGGUGCAGCGGUUCGUCCCUUUCCCUGCAGUGGCGAGUGCAAACAUCUGCAACGUGGUGCUGAUGAGGCACACUGAGCUGUCUGACGGCAUCGCUGUGCUCGACGACAGCGGGAAGGUGGUGGGAACGUCUAAGAUAGCCGCAAGGCAUGCGCUUUUAGAGACCGCCCUGACCAGAGUGGUCAUGCCUAUGCCCAUCAUGGUGCUUCCUCCGCUGGUCAUGGCCUUACUGGAAAAGCUCCCUCUGCUGCAGCGGCGGCGGCAUCUCGUCCUGCCCGUCCACAGCCUGGUGUGUCUGGCUGCCUUCGGUCUCGCUCUGCCGCUCGCCAUCAGCCUCUUCCCACAGAUGUCUCAGAUCAGCCCCAAUCAGCUCGAGCCAGAGAUCGCGGCGGCGACAGAUUGUCAGAUUUUGACGUACAACAAAUGGCUGUGAGCGUUCCCUCUCGACCGGCGGGUCGACCCCCCCCUCCGACUCUGCCGACGUGGAGGAGGUAGCUCGCAUUCUCGCGAAACAGCAGCUGAUCCAGACAACGCACGUCAACGCACAUCAACGUGGAGAUGGCGGUCGCAGUCGACAGCGACAGCUAAGUGUGCAUCCACAACGCCUUCGAAGUAUUAGCGACGUGACAACACGGAGGCUCACCAACGAGUCGAUGCCAAAAAGCGACGCACCGCUCGAGCCUUAAAGGAAGAGCGGGCCGCGCCAAUUCUGGCCGCUGUGUGAUCAGUUCAAAACGGGAAAGUUAACAGCUGAAAAAAAAAAAAAUAGAAAUCAGCAAUUCAAAACAUAUAGAAGAAAACUCAAUGCUGAUAAGUCGACUUUCAAAAUAGUUUGGAAUUUUUUCAGGUUUUUACAAAAAAAAAAAAAAAAAAAAAACUUCUUGCACAAAGUGAAUGUAGAAAUGUCUUAACAGCUUAGCACAAAACUUUAUUCCGUUUUUGUUUUUUUUCUCUGCCUCCAGUAAAAGUUGUGUUGCUGCUUUCAGAAUGAAAGUUUCAGGGAUUUUCUGAAGGGAUGAAAACUUCAUGUUUGUCUUUGGGUUUUCUCUUUUUCCGUGUUUGCCUUUCAAUCUGAGCACAAGAGAUUACAGCUACAGCCAACAACCAAUGGCUGGUGAAAAAUGUCCAAUUUUGUAACUUUUCAAUUCCACAUACUCGCAAUAAACAACACACCUGAAUGUCUGGCCCCUUGCCUCUGUUCGCUGAAACUUAGUGGGCAACAUUGAGCAUCGCUGUUUCUGAAUUCAAGAUUAUUGACUACGAAGUUACACGUAUUUAAAAGCAGACCAUAGAGACCAAAAAUGUAGCUUCUUGUUUUACAUUUGAUUUCUGACGUCCCAAUGCAGAACCCCUUCAGACAAUCAGAGGUCGGUGGAACCAGACAGAAAGUACUUGGUAAGUGUUUUUGCAAUGUGUGGGCCAAAGUAAGGUGAGGCGCUUCUGAGGGGUUUUAGUUGGAGCAUUUCAAGAUAACUAAUCUAAGUUGUUGGGCUUUUUUUUCUUUUGAUUCAGAUAUAGACUUGCUGCUAUCGCCUCACUUGAUAUUGCCCAAUAAAACAACAUCUUAAUAAAAACAACUUGAAAUGAAAAUACUGGGCUCUUAACGCACUUAUUUAAAGAACUACUUUUUGGAAAGUGUAUCUCUGCAUGACAUUUUGCUGUAAUCCAAACAAAAGUUCUGCAAUUCACCCUCGGAAACCGAAAACUAUUCCUGCAGACAUCAACUCUUCCGAUCAUAUAAGUCGUCUUGGCGUUGUUUUCUUUCCACCGGUGUCUUCAGCUUUUCUUCUGAGUGAGCCAGCUGGGAGCCACUUUUAUAUUAUUGUUUUUAAACACUAAGCUAGCUGCACAAGCUAGUUGCACUUUCAGCUCAAUGUCACUGCAAAUAAAAGGUUUUUAUCAUGCAGUACCUUGCGGACCACUUGGGGGGCGCCUGAGGACCACAGUUUGAGAAGCAAUGAUUUAAGCCAAAGCAACCCCAGAUAAUCAAGCUACCACUUUGUCUCGUCCUUCUACAGAAUGUUUUCCCAAAAAUCUCGAGUAUCAUCACAAUGUAUUUUUUGGGUGUUUUUUUUUUUUGCAAAUAAGAAAGUGGACAUCUGUGUCAUUUUCAGCUACCAGAGGUUUGGACUUGAACAUCUGUAGCUGGUGUGUCUUUUGCUUACUGUUGAUUAGUCAGCAUUGUUCUGAGGUUGGUAGGAUGGACUGUAUCCUGGUAGAACCCUGUUCCUUGUUCUACGCUUCAUUUUGUACUCAGACCCCUCAGCUAUCGAGAAACGAUUAUUUUCUGGAGGCGUGGACUCUGUUGAAGUUUAAAGUUUGAUGCAAUCGCCACCGUUUGGUCGUGACGUGUGUAAUCCGGAAAUCCUACGCCGUAAUCCUGUUCUUAAACAACAACCCUCCACUACAAUGAAGAGAAGUGCCGAGCCAAACCAGAUGACCGGUAACGUAAAUUCAGUAUUUGGAGGUAUGUGCCGACACGGACUGAAUGGCUUGGUCCUUCGCUGCCAUUGCCAUAACUGCAGGCUGGCUUCAAUACUAAAACAGCGCAGAAAAUCAACGGUCGCUCAUAGCUUCUCCUUGUGUUGGUUGAUUGGCCAAUUUUCUGAAAUACUACUGAAGGAAUUGAACUCAAUGGGAGAAAUCCGAGACAGAGUUGUGAAGGAAAUUAGAAUUGAGCGAUAUUUUGUUGGAAGGCAAGCUUGAUAUGCUGUGAUUUAGAAAGUAUUCCUGUCUGUGUGCUUUUGCAGUAAUCUUGGUAGACUGGCCACUCCUGAGAAGGUUCACCAUUGCUCCAUGUUUUCUCCAACUGUAACUAACUCACUACUUUGUUGUUCAUGUGUUUCAAAAGGGACAAUGUGCAACAUAUAACAUGCCAGACUUAGUCAUAUAGGCUAGUUUUCAUCUGUAGUCCCUCAGGGUGCAAAAGUGGAAUCCCAAAGUUUUAGAAAUGGCUUUGUAGCCUUUCAAGAUUGACAUCGUCCUUAUUUCAUGAUUAAAUGAGUAACAGUAUUUUCAAAUGUAUUGGCAUUGCUUGAUGCUUGAACAAAAAGCGUCAAAUAAAACAUUGUGGGUUUCAGUAAAGCCAUGAAACCCAACAAUAAAGACAAUGAAUCUAAAUUCUUAUCAUUGUACAAAAUUUAUCGUGAUAAACGAUACGAUAAAUGUUCUCCCCUAAUAGUUUGAUUUACGUUGCCAUUUUCUCUGUUCAUUUUUAAAACAGCUCUGUUUAAGCUGGUGAUCUUUGCCUUCUAUUAACAUUUAUGUGAUAAAACUUCAGAGAGGGAAACAAGAAAGCAAAAACACUUUAUGAGAAAACAAACUUGAAAGAUGUUUUUAUUUUUAUUUUAUAAGGAUGCAGUUAAUCAAGUCAUAGUUCUGUUGAGUUUAUAUGCAAAUCCGUGUCUAUUAACCACAAAAUCAGGCCAAGAUGAAAUCACGUCAAACGAGAUCAUGAUCAACAUAUUACAGCAGACUCAUCAGCGUCUUAUCUCAGAUGUCCAAGUAGCUGUGAUUAGUGCUGGAGUAACUUUUUCAGCCGGUUUAUAGAUCCGUAUCGUCGUGUUUAUGUCGUCCCUUGGCUUGUAUAAACGCUCCGUCUUUUGUUGUGAUCUGUGUAAUCGGCAUGUUUGAGCGGUUGCCUUGGGAACAGUGCACAGCGGGUUGCCGCUGACAAGCAGUUGGAUGAGAGAAGACCCAGUUGCAUUGACGGUGAUCAACAGAAACACCUUUGAACUAGUCAACGUCAAAGAAAUGCAUCCGGUAACGCAUCAGAGAUUUAACACAGAGUCGCGUCGGGAUGCGUUUUCAAACCCAGCAGCCUAAAACAUCUCGUGUAGAUCAUAAGAAAUCCGAAACUAUUGUUUGUUUAAGCUAAUUGCGGUUUCGGCAGCAACAGCAGGCCCCCCUGCACCCCAUAUCCUUUCUUAUUUUUUUUGCACCUCUCUGCUUCUCUGGAGAGUUUAUCGUUUCUCACCCUGGAACGCCGCUCGGUCCCCUUCCUCCUGACUCGGCUGACAGGAGACGCGGCGUUUAGGGAGGCCCAGGUGAUGCUCAACCUAAUUCUUACCUUAGCCAGAAAACAAGGAGGCCCUUUAAUUGUGCCAGUAUUUUACCAAACCAGAUGGCGACCUGUUCCAGAAAACCUUCCUGGCAAGAGGAGGUUGUAGAGCCACGGCUGUCAGGGCGAGCCACAGAACAUGUUUGUUUAGAUAACCCCGCGCCUCCUUUCAGCACGUUUCUGCACCUGCAAUGAGUAUAGGAUAUCUUGAGAAAACUCAAAACAAGCUGUGUGUGACCCCCUUCUGGGGCAUUUAGCAGGGUGUUUUACCUCUACCUACUGCCUCUUUUGUCCCUCCUCUUUCUCGCUGACAAAAUAAGACACCUGGGUCAGACGUCGGCUCUCCUCUGAGGUCUUGGGGUCAUGAGGCCAAUGUUUCUUCCGGGCAGGCGAUCGCUUUGAGCUGUUGCUAAAAAAGAUCGCAGAAAUAUCCAAAGCAGCUCCCGCCUGUUUGAAAGCUUUUGAAGCUUAGUAAAUGUCCGUUUAGCUGUAAUUUCAGAAACAUUGGCUUUGUUUCCGUUGACUAUUUAAUUGUUCUAUUUGAACAAUUGCAUCUGGAGAAUAAAAUUGCUUGAAAUUUUGAAAAAAUUCAUUUCUAUGAUUGAAAAGAAUUGCCGCAUGUAUCAAAAUUGUUUUAUUUUUCACAAAACUGCAAUGGAGAGACUUUUUUCACAUCAUAUGGGUCACAUGGUCAAUUACGGGAUGUUACUACUGGUGAAAUUAGCGACUUAAAUAGGUGAGAUGGAUUUCAUCGAGUGUUGUCAGAGUAAAGGGGUCUGAAUACAAACGCUAGCACUCCUAUCUGUUUACUUGAAACAAUCCAUGGAUUAAUUUCCCUCCAUUUUGUCAAUUUGUCAAUUGACUUUGUAAUGUGACAAAAUGAAUAAUUUUGUCGCUCAGUCACCACUGAGCCUUGAAUGUUUGGUUCUUUAUUUUUCUUCUUCUUCCCAUCAACCCCUGCAGUAGCAUGUUUCACAGCAAUCUGCACAUCCACCAGCUCGACUGGACUCUGCAGCUGCCGGGACCAAAACCGCUGCCUCUCAAUUAAAACAACUUGCAGCAAACUCCCAUGCAACAGGAACACGUCACAAAGUUUUUAUUUCCAAAGCCGUUUGUCUGUAAAUACACUUUGUGCUCUAGAAACGCGUUCCGCACACGUCUCGCUCUGCAUGCGGCGCUUCGUAAAACCCGCAACGGAUGGGGUGUGUUGUCUUGUGAGUUGUCCACUGCGACGGUUCCACGGUGGCGAAAGACGGCAAUUUCGCGAAUGCGACUCAAACUUCCUUCCCGGGUUCACAGGUCGCCUCCCGCUGGUCAGAAACCUUCAUUAGCAGGACAACGAAGACUGUCUCUAUAAAUAAAAGUGGUGGGGAGUCCGAGAGGUUCUCCGUUUCGUUCCGUUUCACCAACAUGUUCGCUGACUUGACUGCAGCUUCCUUUCGAGGAUGAGUUCGACUUAAUACGGUGCACAGGUGAAAGUGAGUGGAGUGAGGUGGAAGUGAUCAAACAAUUAGUUUUUGUUAACCUUCAUUGCUGGCCUAUGUACAAAAAAGAAAAAGACUAAGAAAAACCGAGCACCGUGGUGCCGCAGGGUACGACUUUUCUCUUCGGCCGUCGUGAAAUGAUGCUCCGCUGUCGUCACGGCAGCGCGGGAUGUCCAAACUCCUCGAUGAAGACGUGGAGCGAUCGCACAUGGAAUCCUUGAGUCUUCCUCUAAUGAGUCUUGACAACGCUUUUAAUAAUCUUACAUAAUAAAUAGUGUUGGUCCUCUGACGCUCAGGCUCGUGU